AUGGAAAUCUACGGCAUGCUGGGGGAAAAGCUGGGGACGAUAGGCAAGGACAAGACGCACGACAGCGGCCAACCAGAAGAACAGAACGUUCCCCAGUGGAAGAAGGAUUUCUUGCAGAAACCCUCAAUAUCGUCGAGGAACGGCAUCGCUUGGGGCUACGGGACACCUUACGAAGAUACAGAUACCCUCGUCUUGACCUCGACAAAAUCUGACUUUGUUGACAUCAGAUUCCCUCGCAAGCGAGAGUUGGGCAAGCCCAUAGCGUCAGACCCAUCGUUCUGGGCGUUCUCGGGGACUUCGAGCACAACUUUCCUGGGCGUCGAUGGCAUCGAAAUGCGUUACUCAGCGCACUGCGUGUGGGAACAUGAGAUCGAUUCGAAAGGGCCAGGCAUUUCUGACGAGGGUGAUAUGUUCCUCCUCCCAAACGGGGACUGCAUGGAGGUCGGCAUGAUGCAGAACCCCAAAUCAGGCAAAGUCGAAAUGUACAAGGAAUAUUGGACCAGUCCGGAUGUUGCUGGGGAGCCCGAGCUCGAGCUCGUCCCAUGCAUCGUCGCAAAGAUUAUACAAAUGCCGAACGACCAUGAGGGACAGGCACCCUCGCUACGAAACGGGAACGGAGGAACCAUCAUUCGAAUAGGCAACUAUUGCCAAGGCAUCGUGCGUCAGCAGUCGGGAGACCGCGAAGGUCAACCUGUCGGAGCAGAUGCAGUUUUGGUUGAGAGAUGGACUAGGGGUAUCUUUGAAGCUGACCGCACCUCGAGCACUGCUGCAGGUGGUGAACAACCCCUAGCAGCGAGCACGGGCUGGAUUCCGGAUUGGCGUAACAACACUCCCUCUGAUACUGGAGUCUCGGUGCCCUGUAUGUGGGUUUGCGACGACAAUAGGAAGCUCGGGGACCAGAUUGUGGUCAAAGGAGCCACGUGGGAGGUUGUGGAAGCUGUGCUUGAAAGAAGAUGA